CAAGAUCGUGCAAAGAUGGCCAAACCAACCCAUUUCCUCAUUACACUCAAAUACCUCAUCCAUCAACUUCUUCCUUCCUCACAACAACCCAUUUCCUCGAAUGGCCUUUCUCUAGUCUUCUCCGUCACAAGGCGCCAGCCGGUGCUAGUUUCCCCUGCAAAGCGCACACCCUAUGAAUUCAAAUACCUCUCUGACAUAGACGACCAAGAAAGUCUCCGUUUCCAGAUCCCCAUCAUACAGUUCUACCGAAACAAUCCUUCGUUGGGAGGGCGAGACCCAGCAGGGGUGAUAAGGGACGCUAUAGCAGAGGCGCUCGUUUUCUACUACCCGUUUGCUGGUAGAAUUAGAGAAGGUCUCAACCAUAAGCUCACGGUAGAGUGCACCGGGGAAGGCGUGGUAUUCAUUGAGGCCGACGCAGAUGUCAGCCUCAAGGAGUUCGGGGAUGCACUGCAGCCUCCGUUCCCAUGUUUUGAGGAGCUUCUCUACGACGUUCCUGGCACGGGAGACGUCAUCAACUCCCCUUUGCUUUUAAUUCAGGUGACCCGUCUAACGUGUGGCGGUUUCAUCUUUGCCCUUCGACUCAACCAUACCAUGAGCGAUGCAACUGGACUCGUCCAAUUCAUGACUGCAGUGGGCGAGCUGGCACAGGGUGCGCGGUCCAUAUCUGUGCCGCCUGUGUGGAAAAGGGAGCUGCUCAGCGCACGGGAUCCACCACACGUGACAUGCGUGCACCGGGAGUACGACCAACUGGCAGACAUAAAAAGCGCUAUACUGCCCUUCGAUGAUAUGAUCCAUCGCUCCUUUUUCUUCGGUCCGGCCGAGAUAUCUGGUCUUAGGAAGCAAGUGCCGAAUCACCUGCGCACGUGCUCAACAUUUGAGCUGCUGACCGCGUGUAUCUGGCGUUGUCGUACGAUCGCCCUGGGCCUAGACCCGAACGAUGAAGUGAGAAUCAUCGGUCUCUUUAACGUACGUGGCAAGUACCGGCCGCCACUACCGACAGGCUACUACGGAAACGCGUUUGCACUCCCGGUGGCGAUCUCGCCGGCGGGGAAGUUGUGUAAUAGUCCGUUGGGGUAUGCGCUGGAACAAGUAAAAAAAGCUAAGAAUGAGGUGACGCAAGAGUACAUGCAGUCGGUGGCGGAUCUAAUGGUGCUAAAAGGGAGGCCUCAUUACAUGGUAAAGCACAGCUACGUGGUGUCAGAUGUGACCCGUGCUGGUUUUAUGAACGUGGAUUUUGGGUGGGGAAAGCCGGUUUAUGGUGGGCCAGCUAGGGGAGGUGUGGGGAACAUCCCUGGCCUCACGAGCUUUUAUAUCCCUUUUAAGAAUGCCAAAGGGGAGUAUGGGAUAGUGGUGCCGUUUUGCUUGCCUAGACCAGCUAUGGAGAAAUUCAUGGUCGAGAUCCAAAGCAUGACCAGUGAGCCUAAAGAGGAGCCCAAGCAGCUCUAUAUCACCUCCAAAUUCACUACAUCACGGCUUUAGCUCAGAUGACUGACGAAUAAUAAACACACUCCCUCUCUCUCUCUAUAUCUCUCUCUCUCUCUCUCUCUCUCUCUCUCUCUCUCUCUCCACACAUGAUGUGAAGCUUGUUUUAUCUGUCGUACGCUUUUGCAAUUGGUUUGUCUUUGUGAUAAGAAAAAGUAAAAAAGAUUAAUCUCGUCCUUAUCAGAAAAAUCUUCCUUCCAUUGUCCUAAUUUCA